CGCACCUUGCAUAGCAACCUUGGACAACAACAAUGGCGGAUUGAGAUCUGAAACUUACUGUUUUCAUGAUUUUGUUGCCGUUAUCCUAAGAAAGGAUGUCAAAACCGGUUAAAAGAGGAAAAAGUGCACAGGGUGCUGGAGGUCCUGCAAAAUGGGAACAAGCGUUACUCGCAGCCCCAUUUGAAGAGGAGAAAUGGAAACCCAAUAUUGCAUUUGUGAUAGGAAAGCAAGCGGAUGAUUAUACCUGGGUCAAUGUUCUUGGCCAGACAGUAAAUGCUGGAUCAAGAAGAUUGUUCUCUGCAUUUUCAAAACAAGAACUUUACAAUGAGGUAAUGGAACUAGGAAAUCCUAAAAGUAAGAAGCCUAAGGAGACACCAGCACAUUAUGAGAUAUGUGAACCUUGCAAAAAUUACCUUGACCUUGGAGAUGAGGUACCACUGCACUUACUGGCAAAGCUUAUCAAGUUCAAACUUCUGUGGAUUAAGCAGAAUGAUCUUAAAAGGAAGGAAGCUGAAAAGAAGGCUGCACUGGAAAAAGAAAAGGCAAAAGCUAAGGCUGCAGAGAAGGCAGCAGGUGGGGGAGGGGGAAAGGAUAGAGCAAAGUCCCCGGGGAAAGGCAAAGGUGGAGGGAAGAAAACACCUGAUCCACAGCAAGCCAAAGAGGGAAGCAAGCUGAAGAAGAGAGGGGAAGAGGACCCUGAAGGAAAAUAUAUUGAUGAUGAACCCGAUGAUGGGGCAAAUCACUACAUUAUUAUUUCUGGUUUUCACUUUCCACAUCUAUUUGGCCUAAUGUCAGAGCUUGGGCUCAAUGUAUCCUCUUUACUGUGUGUCACCUCCCAAGAUUACUCAAGAUUCCUGACACCAGAAACAGAUGAGCAACCAAUAGAAAAAGAUGAGAAAACUUUAGGCUCAAAUAAAAAGAAGGCGGAUAAAAAGCUUUCAAUUCAACCAUCCAAGACAUCACUCGUUUCUGCAAAAUCUUCCUUACUGUCUGGUCAGAGCUCUGUACAAACAGCAAAAACAUCAUCUAAAACUUCAUUAGAUGUUGGUAUAACUCAAGAAGAGAAUGCCCGUGAAGAGAAAGCAGAAUUAGAGAAGGAACUGAAGAUAUUCUGGCGUGACAUUCCUUCAGUACUACUUAAACAGCAGUGUUUACAUGAUAUUGCAAGGAAAGAUUACGAAGUGAAGAGCCUUUUAGUCCCUCAAAAUCUUGAAGAUCAGGAACAAAAGACACAGUUUGGAGCGGCCUUGUUUGAGGACAUAGCAUGCAUGAUCUAUGACUUGAUAGAUGCAAAACGUCAGUGGCAGAAUUAUAUAUCAAAUCUCAAACUGAUAAACAUACCCGUGUUUGGAACCCCAACAUCCACUGCUCCUGCUGGCGGAGAGGGAGAUAAGUCAGGGCCAGUGUCAGGGGCUCCAACUCCUGCUGGCCAGGCAGCAGGGAGUGUUGCCUCCCUGAACCUCGUUGAACAGAUUGAGACCCCACAUGUAGAUAUGAGAUACUACAAUGAUCUGAUGAACUGUGUACCACAGGAGAGUGCAAGUGUAGCACUUAUCAUGAAUUGUAUGCUAGAACAGGUUGAGGCCACUCAGCAGAACCUGGAGCCACCCAGUGAGCAACAACCACCACGCAGGAGUGACGGUAUCAGCAGUGAACUGGCAGACCAUCUUAGUUCUCUCGCUUUUAAACUCGCUCUCACAGAAGAUGAACACAUGGCUCUUUCAUCUGUUCUGACACUGCCAGAGCGACCGCCUGAGGAGUUCAAACAACCUCUGUUGAUGAACCCACAUGAUGAAAUCACUCAGCUUACACAUCACCUCAAACCCAUGCAUGGCUUCGACCCUGAGAAAACAGAGUGUGAUAUGUUGAAGAGACUGAAGAUCAGUACGCUGAUGCAUUUGCCACGGCCUACAUCGUCUGUGGCGAGAGAAAGGGCAGCAAGAUUACAGGAACUUGUACAUUUCUGUGCAACAGAUGGUCUCGCUCAGUCUGAGAUUGACCGUGCCUUCAAACAGUUUGUGUUUGAGUCUAUGGACCUUGCUACGACUGAUUCCAAUGGUUUUAUAAUCACUCGUGACAGUGAGGGGUUGGAACACUCGGCAAUACCCUGGGACGAUCCCUACCCGUUCUUCAAGGGUAUGAUCCCAAAACAUGAGAAGGAAUCUGUGAGAAUGAGUCCAGUAUCGGACGAGAGAUCAGGGGCAGAAUCAGAGAUAUAUUCUGUAUCUAGUCUCACGCCCACAUAUGAUAUGGGUGAUUCUGUCACUCCUCUAACUCCACCCCCAGCACCCAGGCCUGACCCGCCCACAGAAAUGUCUACCAGAAAAUCAAAGAAGCAGAGGCCUGAUUCUGCUGGGAGUGGCAAGAAGAAAGGCAAAGGAAAGAAAACAAAACGAGCUCAGUCACCUACUCCAUCUGAGGAGAAGAAGGAAGAACCUGCCAAAGAGGGGUCAAGGUCAUCGUCUGCUGACAGCAGAAAAGGAAUCCUCCGACCUUCAUCAAGGUCAAGUUCCAGGGAUGGCAGGAGGUCAAGGUCGCCUUCAGCUGGAGGCAAGUACGGCCGUGGUUCUUGUGUGUCAGUUCACUUUGAAGCGGAUAAGGAAGGCCAUACAAUUGCUCAUGUGGUGGAUGAUGAGAAAGGAGAGGAGGAAGUUGAGAUUCUUGAUGGGAAGACAACAGAAGAGAGCAUGAACGAGAUUGUUGAUGCUCAGAAACGUCAACUUGACCAAUGGUGUUUUGCAGAACAUUACGAAAACAAGGUUUUACUUCAGGUGUUGAAAGCUGCAAUGUACAAGCUGCCAUAUGUAGAUACAUACUACCACAAGCGGGACCAUUCUCUCAUGGUUGUCUUACACAAUCCACACAAUCCAGAGUUCCAGAAUCAUGAAGAUUGGCAUACAGAACUACACUCUAAUGUUGGAUUCAGGAAUUACCUAGAUUACGUGGAAGAGUCAGUCUCUGAUUGGUUGAAGGAGGAGGAGGCCAAAUACCAGGCUCACAUGUUGUCACAGGAACUCAUGAAAAUGAGACAGGAUGAGGAGGCUGCUAGCAGGGCCUCGGAGAGAGCCGCCAAGAAAGGAGGAAAACGCUCGGCCAGAGGUAACAAGAAGAGUGGGAGUGUAGACAGUAGUAUACAGUCCUCACCUAGAACAGCAUCACGCUCAAAAUCACCGAAGGGCGGUUCCAGAGGGAGCAGCCAGGACCGCCCAUCUUCUGCAGGAUCGGGUAAUAUGUUCAUCCGGGAUGGGUCACUGAAGGCCUGGAAAAUCGAACAAGAUCGAAUUAAAAGUGAAGAGGAAGAAAAAGAAAGAGUUAGAAGUGCAAAAAGAUCAAAGUCACCAAAAUCAAAGAACGAGAAAGAGGAUUCAAAGAAGAGACCUGGUUCUCGUGGCAGUGCCAAAUCUAAAGGAUCUGGAAAGGAACAGGAACCAGAACCAACAGCUGCAGAUAUGGAACCAGUUGGAGAUGAAAAAUACUGGCCAUUUUCUGGCUAUGAUGUUGGCAACAACCUGAUCCAGGUAUCUGGUAUAACAUCCACACUGUUCCCAUCAGAUGGCGGUCAGAUCAGAACAGAAAAAAUAGAAUAUAUUCAAGGCACAUCUAGCGUGAAAACAUCAGUGUUGAAAGAUGAUCAUGUAUUCACAGUGCACAUCCUUGACCCCAAGGAAAAUCAGACAGAUGAAAAUGACCUUGACAUUGUGGAUGGUAUUAAAGAUGGUGCUGAGAAAGCAGAAUUUGAAAAACCUGAAAAAGAUAACAAAGACAUAGGUGAAAGUGUCCUGUCAGACAGACAUUCAAAGACAACAACAAAGUCAACAAAGAACAAGCAGUCAAGUGUUAGUUCCUUUGGUUCUGUUACUGCUCAGUUCAAUGAUGGAAUGAUGUUAGCACUCAGCCAGUUUGGAGAGACCGGUGAAGCACCUGACGGCAAGAAACAUGAACCUGAGCCAUACACACCACCAUUGUCUGAUCGAAGCCCAGUACCCCCACCUUCACCAUCGAAGAGUAAGAAAGGGGACAAGAAGGGAGACAAGGGAGGUCGGGCAUCAGCCACACCAGAACCUCCUCCUCAACCACAGAGUCGUACAAGUCGCUCACAUGACAUACAGAGUAAAAUGUCAUUAAGAGUGACAAUGGCUGACAUGGAGGACAAGGAAGAUGUAAAAUCAGAAGAACCUACAAUAGAACAGUCUUUCCAACAGCUGUUCAUAUCCUGUCCCGAUGGGCUCAAUGUAAAAUACUUGCUCGAGAGUCAUAUUGGAAUGCGGCCACUAGCUGAGGAAGAUCGCCGACUUCUUGUGAAACAGAGUUAUCCGUACAAGACAAACGGUCAUCAGCCAUGUGAGGCUGCCAGGAAAAAAUACUCCCUUGCUGAACUAUCAAGAGUUAUAACAUCAGAAGGCACAGUGAUAAAAAAUAUGGUGGAUGGGUCCAUAGAGGUACUAUAUGCCGAUGGCACAGUGAGUGUACACACAGGACACUGGGAUCUACCCCGCAGUAGAGACAGUUCCCCACAGAGACAGAACAGCGGCAGAAGUCAGGCAGAAACACCUACCAAAGACAAGAAAGGAGGUGGUACUGAUCGCAGUCAGAAGAAGGGUAAACAGCCGUCCAGCACAAAUGAGGAAUCAACAGUCGAUGAUGAGAAGAAGAGCGUUUGGACUAUGACAUACCCAAGUGGUGAGCGAGUCAGAUUUUCACAGGGCUCUGAACCCGAGGAACUAAAGGCAGUCAUGAUCAGUCAGGCUUCUGAUCCUGAGACAAGUCAGUCCAUGGCAACACGGGACGAUCAUGUAAUGACAGUCAGUUACCCAGAUGGAACCACUAUCUUGGAGCAUGCAGACGGUACCCGAAUCACUACGUAUUACAGGGAAACACAGAUACCACUCAGUGAAGCUGGAACUGAUGAUGAUGACAAGGAAUUUGACAUUCAAACAAACAAGUUUGUGAAAGUGGAAUGUCCAGGAUUCGCGACAGUGGAGUUUAACUGCUUGACAAGUGAAAAUUUGACAAUAUUUGGUAACGGGACAACAGUUAACAUUUUCCCCGAUGGUUAUUACAUGUUGCAUCAUUACGAUGGUGGUCGUCUUGAGGUUGACACAGAGGGCGUGCUGACAUACUUCCCUCGUCCAAUGAAAAAUAUGGAGCAGUUGCUUCCGGAGCGGGAAAUACGUUAUAUGCUUUGUCACAAUGCAGACGUAACUGUAGAAACUGUUGACAAUGACGGAAAUAUAUUUAAUGUGAAGAAUAAUGGAGACUUUAGUGUAAUUCCCGCUAAUGCAGAUGAUGUCUCUGAUAUCAGUAGUGAAGAUCAGAUGAGAAAUGAAAGAAAAGUGACAGUCUUCAAAGAGCAUGCUCCAAGAUUCUUUGUAAUACAUGCUGAUGGUAGCGGAACUGAACUAAUGCGUUACCAAGACAUAGCCGAGUAUCUGACCAGUGCCGAGCAGAGUCCAGCCACAGCAGUGCUCCGUGAUGAGCUUCCUGACUUCCCAGGUGUAAUGGGAAUAACUAUACUUAGACCAUAUCUUGGUGGUCCUUCAGAGCGCUGGCUCAAAAAGUAUGACCAGGAGUCAAUCGUUCCACCUGGUAUAAGGUGUAGAGAUCUCACCACUCUGCCACCUAAAGAGUUCAAGUCUCCAGGACCAAAGUUUGGUACAAAUGUAGGUCAAGGUCUGUCAGUAGGAGGUGCUGUAAAAACUCAGUCCAAGGUACCCAUUGUAAAGUGUCCAUCUAUCCUGGAACUUAGACAGCUGAUCCAGUAUAAACCCAUGUCUGAGAAUCUCCGAGCUGUUCAGGCCAAGGACAUUAAUGAACAAGUGACGUUUUUAUCUGAUGACCCCCGCCGUGACGGCACAGAAGCAAUAAGACGUGACACUACAGAGAGUACACAGUCACAACCAGAUCGAAGAAGUGCUGGAAUGCCACCUGCUAGAUCUGCCGCUCCAGUGACAUCACAAAGCGAUCGCUCAAGUCACUCAGAUGUUACCAAUCAGCCAAAAGUACCAGUAGCAGAUACACCAAUGUCAUUUGCAGUGUACAGUGAAGUAGGUCAUUCCGCCAGUGGUAUGAGACCCGGCAACCCUACCCCAGCCCAUGCGGCAGGCCAGGGUUCCCCUGCCCCUGUGAGACCAUCAGCACCUACCCCAGCUCAUGCACAGAAGACAGUGCCCGGGCGACCAGGAAACCCAACCCCUAAACAGGCAGGGGCGGGGACUGAAUCCCCAUCAGACCUCCCCUCUCAUCUUGACUAUCCAAUCAUAUUUGAGCACCCUACACUAGAAGAAGAGCCUGAAUUUACUGGAGAGCAGGAGAUGGUAUCACAGAGUCUGAAGAUGGAUGUUCUAGGGCGGCCCAGAAAUAAGCCUGUACCCCUGCCGGCAGUGAUCAAGGGAGGCAAACCAGGAGCAAUACCUAACACUAAAUAUAUCCAGGUGGAAGACCCUGUCCGACGUAGGACCAAUAAUUCUCUGUUAGCUGGGGCCACAGUAAAAGGUCAGACCCAGUUACAGGCUAUGAGGGGUUUGAUCCUGCUUCCAGAGGAAGUCGAUUUUGGAGUAUUGAAGGAGGGAAACACUUAUGCAUUUACUGUGAUAUUGAAGAAUACUGGUGUAGAUACCUGCAGGUUCAAGGUCAAACAGCCUCCACCUGCCACUGGCAUCAGGAUAGUCUACAAACCGGGACCUGUUGCUGCUGGUAUGAAGGCAGAGAUAGAUGUGGAGAUUUACGCCAUUGCUGUCGGUGUAGAAGGAGAGACAGGCGUGGGCUCAAUCAGACACGAGUUAGAGAUUGUCACAGAGACAGACAUCAUCUUCCUUCCAGUUAUAGCAACAGUUCUUACAGCCCAUGAGCAUGACAACAGAGGACCCAACAGUCCAAAGGGAGGGAAAUCCCCUGGGGCGAGACUUACUUCUACCAAACCUCCUUCCAAUACUGGCAUAAUUAGACCUAGAAAAAGUAUAACUUUAGAACCCGUUGCUGUCAAGUAGCCACGCUUUUUGAGUGACAAGAUACUCGAGUGAUAUUUCAAUUGGAUACAUAUUUGUUGAAGACAAUUUCUCUUGCAUUAUUUUACAUCACAUAGUAUAAAGUAUAUAAACAAACUAAAAACUGAUACCUAAAUUAUUAACAAUAUUGUUACCAAAGUGUGAGAGACAAUUUAUAUUUUAUCUUGUGUAUUUAGCAAGAAAUGUGCUUAAAAUAUAUUAUUGAAUAAACUGUGAUAUGUUAAAUGUUUUCUGUUUGUCUAUGGACAUACAUGUAAAGUGAAAAUAAAAUGUUGAUCUUUUA